UUUGCUUUUCAAUUUUGUUUGUGACUUUCGGAUGAAAAGUAAUAAUCGGUUAAUCGGUUUUAUGCGCAGGUCUCGCUCGAUCUCGUUGUCAAAAACAUGGUUAGCGAGUAAAUACGUGAAACCGACAAAUACCAGUGGUAUAAAUCAGAAAUUCCCUUUCGAGUGGCGUGAUUGUGUGACCUUUUCCGUUUUGUGUUAAAAUCAUAUCGAUCUGAUUUUUCACAAAAUAUGACUAUUUUCUAGUUGACUUUUAAUUUAAUAGUGGACGGCAUCGUGUAUAUUUAUUUUAGUUUUAAGUUCCAAAGUCAUGAAUUUAACAGGGAGUUUUACAAGGCUGCCUUACUAUUUUUGUGGGUUUGUCCUUCUUUGCGUGGCUCAGGUGUAUUCCGCUCAAAACAAUACGGUUUCAAGUCGAUCAGGCGCCAUUCAAGAUGGGGGCCACUGCAUAUGGUACGGGCAGUGCAACCAGAAAGGGACGCUUAAACAAAAUUGCGCCUACGACGGUCCCCCCAAACCCCUGAACGAGUCGGGAAGUGCUAUUUUAGCGAAAUGGUGUCCGAACAUGUCGUCCGAUUUGACUUGCUGUGAUCUCGACCAGCUAGAAACUAUGGACGCUAGCAUUAAGUUGGCUGCCGGUCUUUUGCAACGGUGUCCGAGUUGCAUGAGAAACGUGGCCACCCAGAUCUGCGCCAUGACUUGCUCUCCGGUUCAUUCCACAUUUUUGGAGGUGAUCAAGACAGCUACGAACCCCACCACAAACAAAACCUACGUGGACGCAGUCAAUUUUUACAUCUCCGAGCAAUAUCUGAACAACACCUUUGAUUCGUGCAAACAGGUGUCGGUACCGUCGACCGGGCAAUUAGCUAUGGAUUUAAUGUGCGGCAGCUGGGGGGCGUUACGGUGUACAGCGAAGAGGUGGUUCGAGUUUAUGGGCACAUCGGGUCCUUCGAAUCCCUUCGUGCCCUUUCAGAUCAACUAUAUCACCAACGAGGCAGUUAACUACAAACCCGUGGACCUGCCCAUCACGCCCUGCAAUCGAGGCAUCGAUGCAACCACACCGGCUUGCAGCUGUGUAGACUGCGAGGCCAGUUGUCCAGUGCCGCCACCCCAACCGCCAAAGCCCCUGCCAUUCACCAUAGCCGGAUUUAACGGCCUUUCAUUUCUGAUGGUUGUGCUUUGGGUGGUGGGUUCGCUGAUGUUCCUAAUAGGGGUGUGCGCGUGCACGUCCGGAAGAAAUCUGGGUAUUUCGGACUUCAUGACAGUGAACGAUAUACAUUAUACUCAGCCAUUAACGGGUGUUAAUGAAAACAAUGCGGAUGGGACGGUAAACUCUCAUCAAGUGGGUAUGGUGAGUGGGCACACUUCUGAGGAAAUGAGGGUGGCAGUCGCGCGCCGUUUGGCCUCGGCCGAGCGCCAUUCAUCUCAGGUGGCUCUGGGCGAAGCGGGCGAGGACAGUCCCUUACAGAGCAGUAAACGAUCUAGUAUCUCGUCGGAAGCUGGCCACGAAAUGGAUACCCAUUCGAUCAACAAAAUGCCCGACGAAUACGAAAGUUCGUCGUUUAUUGAAAGGUGGGGUGCCAACGCUGACUCCUUCCUGCAAAAGGUCUUCGAAGCUUGGGGCACGUUUUGCGCCGAAAAACCCUGGCUGGUGCUGUUUGUCGGCGGGUGUGUCGUGGUCGCGUUGGGUCACGGUAUAAAACAAUUGAAGGUAACCACCGAUCCGGUGGAAUUGUGGGCUUCGCCGACGUCACGAAGUCGCGUAGAACGCGAAUAUUUCGAUUCGCAUUUCAACCCCUUCUAUAGAACGGAGCAGAUUAUCAUAAGAGCCGUGAACAUGUCCAGCAUCGUUCAUCCGACAUCGAACGGCAACGUAACUUUCGGCGCCGCCUUCAACGACACGUUUUUGAAGGAAGUGCUGGCCCUUCAACAGCGAAUCAAAGCGAUCGGCUCGAAUACCACUCACGGUUUCGAAAGGAUUUGUUUCGCGCCGCUGAGAAACGCCGAAGACAUCCCCACUUUGGAUCAGUGCGCGGUCCAAAGUAUAUGGGGUUACUAUCAGGACAGUGUCGAGGUGUUUGACGAGACCGACGUCGAUCCGGACGGCUUCGAGUUGAAUUAUUUGGAUACGUUCUUGAAAUGCGUUGGCAAUCCGUACAAUACGGAAUGCCUGGCGCCCUAUGGAGGACCGGUGGAGCCCGCUAUCGCUCUGGGCGGUUUUCUAAAGCCGGGACAAACGCUGGCCAAACAACCGAGCUACCAAAACGCGACCGCCAUCAUUUUAACGUUCCUAGUCAAUAAUUACCACAACAAAUCGAAAGUGGUGCCCGCCAUGGAAUGGGAAAAACAGUUCGUCGAGUUUAUGAAGAACUAUACCGCAAACGAGAAACCGGAUUACAUGGACGUAGCCUAUACGAGCGAGAGAUCUAUCGAAGACGAAUUGGACAGGGAAUCGCAAUCGGACGUGAUCACCAUUUUGGUGUCGUAUUUGAUCAUGUUCGCGUACAUAGCCGUUUCGUUAGGGCAAGUAAACAGCUGCUCGAGACUCCUUAUCGACAGCAAAAUCACUCUGGGUUUGGGGGGCGUGACCAUAGUGCUAGCGUCCGUGGUGUCGUCGGUCGGAUUGUUCGGGUUUGUCGGUAUGCCGGCCACCCUUAUAAUCAUCGAGGUCAUCCCGUUCCUCGUAUUGGCCGUGGGGGUCGAUAAUAUUUUCAUACUAGUCCAGACUCACCAACGGGAAACGAAAAAACCGACGGAAACUCAUGCCCAACACAUCGGGCGCACGUUGGGCCAAGUGGGGCCUAGCAUAUUAUUGACUAGCGUCUCGGAGAGUUGUUGCUUCUUUUUGGGCGGCCUUUCGGACAUGCCUGCCGUCAGGGCCUUCGCCCUUUAUGCCGGCAUGGCUUUGUUAAUAGACUUCCUCCUUCAAAUCACCUGUUUCGUCAGCUUACUCUCUUUGGACACCAUCAGGCAGAACUCGAAUAGGUUCGAUAUAUUCUGUUGCAUACGCGGCAGUAAAAAGAACGAGCCCAGUGCCAUCGGCGGCCAGGAGGGGCUGCUUUACACCUUCUUCAAGUCGAUAUACGUCCCAAUAUUGAUGAACAAAAUGGUUCGUUGCGCGGUGAUGGUCGUGUUCUUUGGGUGGUUGUGUUCGUCGAUAGCGGUUGUGCCCAGUAUUGAAAUCGGGCUGGACCAAGAGCUGUCCAUGCCGGAAGACUCAUAUGUGUUAAAAUACUUCAAGUUCUUGAAAGACUAUCUCAGCAUAGGACCGCCCAUGUAUUUUGUGGUAAAGUCCGGUUUGAACUACUCUCAGCCGAAAGAUCAAAAUCUUAUAUGCGGCGGACAGUAUUGCGACGCGGACUCGCUGAUCACGCAGGUGUUUGUGGCGAGCAAAAUUCCCGAAACGACGUACAUAGCGAAACCUACCAGCAGCUGGUUGGACGACUAUUUCGAUUGGUCGGCAGGGGAGGAUUGCUGCAAGAUUAACCCGCAAACGGGCGCUUUUUGCCAACAUACUGAUAGCGAAUGCGACCAAUGCAGCAUAUCGUUCCGUCCGGACAAUCAUCGGCCGAUACCGACCGACUUCGAACGAUACGUGUCGUUCUUUUUGCGGGACAACCCCGACGACACGUGCGCCAAAGCGGGUCACGCGGCCUACGGCGAGGGCGUGAACUAUCGGACGAACAGGACCACGCAUUUGUCUCGAGUGGGCGCGAGCUACUUCAUGACCUACCACACUAUUCUAAAAACGUCGGCCGACUAUUACGAAAGCAUGAGGGCUGCCCGUACAUUAUCCGCCAACCUCACCAAAACGGUGGGCGUGGACGUGUUCCCCUACUCCGUCUUCUACGUGUUCUACGAACAAUAUUUGACGAUGUGGCCUGACACCCUGCAAAGUUUGGGUAUCAGUUUGCUAGCGAUAUUCGUCGCCACCUUCUUGCUGAUGGGCCUGGACAUCUUCUCCAGUUUCGUCGUGACGAUAACGAUCGCGAUGAUCCUAAUCAAUUUGGGCGGUCUCAUGUACUGGUGGCGUAUCACUUUGAACGCCGUUUCGCUGGUUAAUCUCGUGAUGGCGGUCGGCAUUUCGGUCGAGUUCUGUUCCCAUCUCGUGCACAGUUUCGCGGUAUCGUUGAAACCGACCCGGGUGGAAAGGGCGGCGGACGCCCUCACCCGAAUGGGGAGCUCGAUUUUCUCGGGCAUCACGCUGACGAAAUUCGGCGGCAUCAUAGUGCUGUACUUCGCAAAGUCGCAGAUUUUCAAAGUGUUUUACUUCAGGAUGUACUUGGGGAUCGUUUUAUACGGCGCCGCCCACGGACUGAUCUUUUUGCCGGUCCUGCUCAGUUUUAUAGGCCUGAUGAAUAAGAAAAGGUUAAAAGUAAAACGUGUAGAGUCAGAUGAGUCAACUGCCACAUCGCCCCUGCUGCCCUCAACAUCGCGGCAAAACUACGAUUCUCUAAGACCAGAUUUUUCAUAACAUUUAGUAAUCAAUCAAUCGAAUAUUUCAAAGGUAUUAUUUAAAUGUUAAAUGUAGUGAAAUUUUGUAUAUCUAGUUACUGAUGCUAAAUCUCUGUGAAAUUUGGUCUUGAGAAAUUGUGAUAUUUACGUUAGCCAAUUCUUAAUGUAUUUAGUUGCUUUUGAGAAAUUUGUUUAAAAAAAAAACAUAUGAUUACCAAAGUGAAGUACCAUUGAGUAUAGAAUUCUGUAUUGAAUUGUUGUAUAAAAGAGGAACACAGUAGUAGUAACUAAUAGAGUCGAUAUAGUAUUAUUUACUUGUAACUAAUUUUCAGAGGAAACAAAAUUAAUAAAAGAAAAUAAAUGUUUAAAAAAAAAUUUCUAACCAAAAUACUGUUUGUGUAUAAUCAAGACUGCACUUUUAUACCGUAAUAUUUUCUAUAUGUGCAAUUUUAUAAAUACUUGUGAAAAAGUAAAAAAAAAUUAUUCAAAUUUGACUUAUUCAGCGUGCUCUUAUUUAAAAUUAGUGCUAAUAAUUUCAUCUAUACCUUUUGCAGUUUUUCAGCAGUGGUUUUUGCAUUUGUAAACUUAUACUUGUACUUAGAAGUUUUUUAUAUAAUGAUUUUCGUUAAAUAGUAAAAAAUCUCCUCUUUAUAUUUAUCAGCAAAAGCAGUGGAGGCAACAAUAGAAAACUUUAUUUUAUUAACAUUCCGUAGCAUUGACUUUAAUAUAUUAUGUGCAGUGGUCUUAUUUCAAACAUUGUAUACAUUGGUUUAAAAAUAAAUUAGGGUUUUAGUUUAGUG